AUGGCUCAUGGGACGAGGCGCUCUCGUUUUGGUCCGCGGGAUAAAUUAUACGGGGGAGCUGUAGCCGGCGCGCCGGAGAUACCAAUCGGGCUCUCAGGAGCUCAUUUCUCCGGAUCGUUGCCGUCCCCGGAGCUCAACGCGGUCGUUGCAGAGUACGACGUGACGGCCGGCUCCAAGGUGUGCGUGGUGACGGCUGGCGCGCGACAGCAGGAGGGAGAGUCCCGACUCGACCUGGUGCAGCGCAACGCCAACAUCUUCAAGAGCAUCAUUCCCAACCUCGUCAAGCACAGCCCCGAUUGUAUCCUGCUCAUCGUCUCCAAUCCAGUUGACAUCCUGACGUACGUGGCGUGGAAGCUGAGCGGGCUGCCGAAGAACCGCGUGUUCGGCUCGGGCACCAACCUGGACUCGGCCCGCUUCAGGGUCUUUAUCGCAGAGCGGCUGGGCGUCUCUCCAUGCAGCGUCCACGGCUGGAUCAUCGGCGAACACGGCGACUCCAGUGUGCCCGUGUGGUCUGGGGUGAACGUGGCGGGCGUGCGGCUGCGGGACCUGAAUCCCUGCAUCGGCACCGACAAGGACCCCGAGAACUGGAAGGAGCUGCACAGCCAAGUCGUCGACAGCGCGUACGAGAUCAUUAGGCUCAAGGGCUACACGUCUUGGGGCAUCGGAUGCAGUGUUGCGGACAUCGUCGCCACUAUCCUCAGCAACGCUAUGAAAGUCUUGCCUCUUUCUACCUAUGUUAAGGGUUGCCAGCACGGGCGAGACCGCGAAGUGUUUCUGUCGCUGCCGUGCGUGGUGGGCGAGACAGGCAUCACGCACAUCGUCAAGCAGCCGCUUACGGAGACGGAGAAGAAGCAGUUGCACGAUUCCGCCACCAUCAUGCACGAAGUGCAGGAGGGGCUCGACCUCUCCUGA